AUGACGACGUUGCGUUUGUCUGCCUGCUCGCGCGCUUGCCUCACCUUACCGCCCCAUUUAAUUGUGCCUGCUGGUCCCAGUCUGUUUGUACCUUGUCUGCCAACGCAGACACUCUGCUCUUUGACUCGAACCAGCUCGUCGAAGCCCGUUAGCAGUCGAGUGAGCGUGCCAGCUGUAGCAUCAGGAGGCAAGACCAACCGAAACGGGCCCCAAGGGUUGUAUCUGGACCUCCCUCCUGGAACUCGAUGGAAGAACAGAAGCUGCGUUCCAGUGCACGCACCCGCCAGGUCGAACAACCUACCGGCUGAGGAUUCUAAACCUGGAGGUAGGUAG